GCGUGCUGGAGCUUUGAAGCCAAGCUGCUGCCUGGCGGCUGCCUGGGGGCUGCAUAAAAGCCUUGUUUCGUUUUUUGUUGCUGCUGACAGAUAGACUCACAAGAAGGCAGGGGGUAAAGUAAAUGCAAGCCGUAUUAGGCAAGGGGAAGGGGAAGAAGAAUGUAAAGGAAAAGAAACUGCCUGAGGGUUGCAUAAAUGCCUUGUUCUGCUGUGCUGACUGACCCUCAAAAAGGCAAGGCAGGGAAUGGAUGGGGCCGAAUCUUCUGGAUUCCUCAGAAUAAGAUGCUGGAAAAAGUGAUUGGAUGUGUGACAAUCCGGAAUGCAGUGAUCCGAGAAGCCCUGGCAGAGUUCCUGGCAACAUUCCUGUUGAUGCUUUUUGGUAAUGGCAGUGUUGCACAGGUGGUGUUGGGAAGAAAAAGCUUUGGGGACUAUUUGAGCAUCAACCUCGGAUUUGGAUUUGGUGUCAUGCUGGGCAUCCAUGCAGCUGGCGGCAUCUCAGGUGCUCAUAUGAAUGCGUCAAUCACCUUUGCAAACUGCGUAAUUGGGAAACUGCCCUGGUACAAGCUUCCCGCGUAUGUGAUCGGCCAGUUCCUGGGAUCCUUCCUGGCUUCUGCUACUGUUUUCACCUUGUAUUAUGAGGCUCUGCAGGAUUACACUGGAGGAAACCUGACCGUUACGGGGCCAACCGCCACCGCUGGGAUCUUUGCCACAUACCCAGCUCCAUACAUGACUAUCUGGAGUGGGUUUAAGCAUGAGUUCAUUGCCACCAGCGUACUUUUGAUUGGUAUCCUUGCGAUCAGUGACGUGAAGAAUGCAGGUGCCCUUCAAGGCACCCAUGCAUUCAUUGUUGGACUUCUGGUGGUGGUGAUUGGCAUGUCCAUGGGCAUGAACACUGGCUACGCCAUCAAUCCGUCCAGGGAUUUGCCACCAAGGAUCUUCACAGCCAUUGCCGGCUGGGGAAUAGAGGUCUUCAGAGCGGGGAAUAACUGGUGGUGGGUCCCAGUUGUUGCCCCAACACUGGGGAGCCUUGUUGGAAUUUUCAUCUACAAUAUCCUCAUUGACUUCCACAAUCGCCCUUUGAAAGCGGAGUGCAAGAAGGAUGAUAUAGAGACUGCAGUGGUUGCUGAGCUCUAGCAACAAUUGUGAAAGUGGAGCUUUUGUCAAGUGGACAAAAGUUUGACACCUCAAGCAGUGCUUUUUAACACAUUGCAUUCUUUGAAAACACAGUUGGACUUCUGAAGACCGAGAGGACACUAGAUGUACUUGCACACACUAAAUAAACAGAGGUGGCUUCUUUGGAAGAAAGAAGGGAAAUGUACCUGCUGGGCAGGAUGGAGGAAGGUUGAUCCUCCUGAGCUGCAUUUUGCUAAGGAACUGCAUGGGAGAUUUCUUUACCAUUCAACAGUUGCCAGAUUGCUCUGCUUAAGUCUCAUUGUGCAUAUUAGAGCCUUGCAGAAUUCCCUCUGGGUGGGAGAAAGGCUGAAGGGUGCAUUGAAAAAUAAGCCAUAUGGUUGGGUGUACUCUGUCUUGCUCAAAGGUACUGUGCAGCAGCACUGACCCACCCCUAGACAGUGACACCAUCCUAAGGAAGGGAGUAAGUGUGCACUGGGGUUCCCCAACACAGCCUACACCACAGCUGACAAUCAUAGGAGAAUCUCAGAAUCAUAUAAUGGUAUGAUUGGUAGGGAUGUGCAAAACGUUUCAGAUACAAAACGUUUUGUACCCAAAACAGCCUGUUCCGGGUGUUUUGUAGACAAAACAAAACACCCAUUUUCCAGAUCCAAAAGUUUUGUAUACAAAACAAAACGUCUCUGUUUCGGCUACAAAACAUUUUGUUGCUUCGGACCUCCAUUUUGUGGUGAUCUCUGAGUCAGUCUCCAUUUUGUGUUUGACAUCGCUUUGAAUUUCCCACCCUUCCAGCCUUCUGAUCGGUGACCUAAAUCAUGGGCUGACCUGCUGACAAUUCCCUCCUUGUUCCUCAUUGGCUCUUUUGCUUCUUGCCACUCUUUACUGACCCCACAUUGGCCAGGGGAAGGAUUGCUAACCCAUGGGGUGCUGGGUUCUGUUGAUUCUGUGGUGUUCUGAGUGUAGAUUUUCUAGUAGCAUAUGAGAGUGGAUUCUUGUUUUUCACUGAAAAUCUCAUAUGCUACCAGAGAAUCUACAGUGAACACCUCAGAAACAACAAAACCCAGUACCCCACGGGCUUGUGGGUAUGGGGGUGGUUGGCACCCUAUAUGCACUACACAACCCCUCACUCUGGGCAACCCCAGUGCCCCCCAAGUGGAAUUAUGGGGCUGCUGAAACCGAAACCUCCAUUAUUCCCUAUGAGAGAAAUCUUAGACACGUAAACUUCAUCAAAUCACAAAAGAUCAGCCCUUUGCCCAAUUUCUUUGAAAUAAUUCUGGAAGUUUCCUUGCCCCCAUUGGGCACUACCACCCACCACACUCCGCUCUGGGUCAUCCCUUUUCCCUUGAUUUGAAGCGAUACAUUUGCUGGAAUCUCCAUUAUUCCCUAUGGGAAAAUUCUUAAAGAUGUGUAAACUUAAAAAAUUCACAAAAAAUCAGCCCUUUGCCUAAUUCCUUUGAAAUUUGGCUGCUAGCUUCCACCCAUUGGACACUACCACCACCACCCACUCUUUUUGCCCUGGGACCCUUUUUAAAAAUCCAAAUCUAUUCGGAUUCGGAUAAUUCAGCUACAAAACAAAACAGGGCUGAUUCGGAUUCAGAAAAUUUGGGUACAAAACAAAACGGGGGUGUUUCGAUUCAGAUACAAAUCGAAACAAGAAAAUUCCAAAAUGCACACCCCUAAUGAUUGGAAAGGACUGUAACAGUAAUAUCUCAACCUAACUGUUGGGGAGGAGAACUGGAAGUUUUCCACAAAGGGCUUUUAAAGCCCUUUAGCUCACAUCUCCUCCGGAAUGGAGGGUGUGUGUUCAUAUAUCGGGCAGAUUUACCCCAAAGUCCCUGUGAGCUAUCGGGGAGCAGCACUUGACACACAAUUUGGGCUUUUCACUGCACAUUAGAGUGCAGCCCGAUAUCCAGGGUUUUGUUAAAAAAUCCACUUUUUGCAUCAAGUUAUGGGGAUAACUUUGAGUUUGCAGUAAAGCCUUGCAGAAAACUCACGGUAAAGCCUGCUGUUUGGAGAACUUCCAGGUAUUCUGGUAGUAAGUAUGCAUGGCACCCUUUGCUAAGCAGGGUCUACCCUGGUUUGCAUUUGGAGCAGUGCCUCCACGUGAGUGCUGUAACAUGGAGCUGCAGCUUGGUGGAAGAGUGAUUGCAAACAGAAGAUCCCAGAUUCAUCCCUGGCCCUGGCAUCUCCAGAAAUUCUCCAAUUUUGAUCCAGAAAAAGGAGGCAGGUUUCAAAAAUUGGGGGAACAUUUCCUUCUGUCCAGUGUGCACCAUGGUGUAACAGUGACUCUGUUGGCAUUUCAAGUUUUAUGUGGGCUUGUGUGAAAACACUGUAUUGCGGCCCAUACUUCACCCCAUAACCUCCAAAUAGUAAUGAUACGAUCCUGUCAGCCUAAACCUUUCUCUUAUGAACUCCCACACCACAUUUAUUAGAAUUUAUUUGACCUAUUUUUAUACUGCCCAAAAUGUAUGUGUCUGGGUGGUUUACAACAAAAAAUAACAGAAAAGUUAAAACAUUAGUUAAAACAAAUAAAUGACAACAAAAAUUAAAACUGGUUAAAAUAAAUGACAAAACAUUAAAAAAAAUCAAGAAUGAGCAAAAAAUUAAAACACUAAAUGAGCAAAAAAUUAAAACAUGACAAUUUAAAAUUUUAAAACAAUGUUAGAACUAUUAAAACAGUAUUUAAUUUUUAAAAGAAUUGUUAGAGACAAUCUACAUCUACCAUAGGUGGGCCCACUAGCCUAUAAAAUAUUGGGAGCAAAUUUUCAAGUUAUGCAAAGUUGUUCUUCAUGCAGUGUUUCUUAGAGCAAAAUAAAAUAAAAAAUCUUGCAGAGGCAGGAGCCUGUU